AUGUUCUUCUCUUUCUCUCAUCCCUUCUUUUUCUCUCCUACCUCGUCAUUUAUUUUCUUCCUUGCCCUUUCUUUCUCCCAUUUUUCAUCCCAUUUUUCUUUUCAUUUCUUUACAAUCUUUUUUCCUCUAUUUUCUUUUGUGCUCUUUUCUCUAUUAAAUAUUUCUCCCUCUUUUCCUUCCGCUUUUAACUUUCAUUUAUAUUCCUGUAUUCCUUCUGAUUCACUUUGUCUCACCAAAUCUGUUCUUUCUUCUCUCUUUUUUUUUAUCUUUUCCUUAAUUCAUUAUCUUUAUGUUAUUAUUUGCCUUCUUUCUUUCUUUCUUUCUUUCUUUCUUUCUUUCUUUCUUUCUUUCUUUCAAUAUUGCUUUCUUUUUUCGCUUUCUUUUUUUAUUUCUUUCUCUCUUUUUAAUUUUCCUUUUCUUUCUUUCAUUCUUUCUUUCUUUCUUUCUUUUAUAUUGUUCUAUCUUUUCUUUCUUUUUCUUCCUUGCUUUUUCUUUUUUCCUUUAUUUUUCAUUCGUUUUUUCUUUCUUUUUCUUUCUUUUUGUCUUUCUUUCUUUUAUUGUUACAUUCGUUUUUAUAGUUUUCUUUCUUUCUUUCUUUCUUUCUUUCUGCCUUUUUCUUUCUUCCUUUAUUUCUUCCUUUUUUUCUUCUUUCUUUCUUUCUUUCAUCGAUAUUAUUUUUUAUCGUUUUCUUUCUUUCACUUUUGCCCCCCUCCGUUUCUUUCUUUCUUUCUUUCUCUACUUCUCUCUUUCUUUCUUUUUUUCUUUCUUUCUUUCUAUAUUGUUUUAUCCUUUCUUUCUUCUUUACUUCGUGGUUGUUUAUUUUUUCUUUGUUUCACUUUUACCUCCUCCGUCUUCUUUUUCUUUCUUUCUUUCUUUCUUUCUUUCUUUGUUAUCGUUACUUUUUCUUUCUUUCUUUCUUUCUUUCUUUCUUUCUUUCUUUCUUUCUUUGUUCUGUAUUGUUUUAUCGUUACUUUUUCUUUCUUUCUUUCUUUCUUUCUUUCUUUCUUGCUUGCUUGCUUGCUUUCUUUUUUCUUUUUCUUUCGUUUUCCUUUUUUCCUUUUUCUUUCUUUCUUACUUAUUUUCUUCUCAUUAAUUGACCCAAUUUUUCUUCAUCCUUUUUCUCCUUCAUUCUUUAUUUUUUUCGGUGCUUCAUUCAUUUCUAUUUUCUUUAUUAAUUUUUUCUUACUUUUCCCUCCUUUCUUUUUUUCUACUUCGUCUUCCUUACAUUUUUUUCUCUCAUCUUUUUUCUUUUUAAGUUUUCUUUUUAUCAACCUUCUUGCUAUCCUUCCAUUCUUCUUUCUCAUACCGGAUACUAAACACCGAACAAAACCUCAAAUCCUUCCUGGCGACCAAAAUCUCCAGCGCAAUCCUUCGGUAUCUUUCCGUUUAAACAUCUCAUUUCCAUGUUACAAACAAACUGCUUUAUAUUCUCUGAGAGAAUGUGCACGAUUCACACGUCCGUACGCCUUUCUAUUUCCUUUUAUCACAUCUAUCCCACAAUGCACUUAA